CGUGAUGGACGCCACACUCCUUCCACAUGAACAAUGAACAAUGAAGUCCUUCUCGCUAAAGGGAGAGGUGUUCUUGGCAGAGGAUCAGCACUUCAUAUUUCCGUCCCUUGGAUGGCAGGGCAUGCCCAGUGUCUCCCCACCCCCACACCAAGGCCUCAGUCCCUAAUACUUUAACUAAAAUGAACUUCAAUGGGAAUCCUGUGGAGAUUCGUGGUAUUGCCCUGUUAUAUCUCCAUGUCACUGAUAACUGGGAAGAAUGUUCCAGGGAAAGAUGGUCUGUGGGAGGGAAGAGGUAAGUUUUGUGUGCAGGGGCAUAACUUCCAGGAAAGGCAGCCAGGCAUGAAGGGAUGGGUUCUCCAUCUUGUUAAAGACUUCCUAUCCAUCCUUUGAAGAGGGAACCUAAGGAGCAUUUCAUUCCAUGCACUCCUGCUUUCAGGGGCAAUCUUUUCCCGAUUUAUUUAUGUCUCAUCUGGGGCUGUUGUUGGUUAGUUUAAAAAGAGAGGAGGGGGAGGGAGAGAGGACAGAGCGCAUGUGGGAGCACCUCCAAGGCCUGAGCCCCAUGGCCUGAGCUGUGCAGAACCGCAGAAUUGGAGCAGGAGGCGGGGCAAGUGCCCAUGCCUUGUCUCUGGAACAGCUGGGGCCUGUGUCUGCAAGCCAAGGACUCUGAUUCUAACCUCCUUUUGCUUUGGUCACUUAGAUAUCAUUCCUCUGCCGCUGUUCUGACUUUAUGCAAGAAGGGUAUGGAUUUGCCAAAUUUGCUUCAAGUUCCAGAUGUCAUAUAUCAGGCCAGAAAGAACAAGCAUGAAAACCUGUCGCCCAGGAACAAGCAGCUAUGCUCCACAUGUCGAGAAAUAAAAACGGUACAGCCAAAAAAUUUCAUAAUCCCAGACCAUCAGAAACCAUCCUUCCAGAAUUCUGUGGAUCACAGAGAGAUGCUUCUUCAUCAUCCCGAUAUCCAGCAGUUUGAUCACCCCUGCAAUGACAUUCCAACAGAGAGCAUUCGCUACAGACUGCCCAUUAUGGGCCCCAGGACCGCUGUCUUCCACAGGCUGCUGUCAGGUGCCUACACAACUCCUCUGGAGACUCAGCACCUCUCCCUUCCCAGAAAGAAACUAAAGAGCAAGACAGUGAAGCAGUGAGUGGUCAGAGCUAAUUACCCCCAAGUAUCAGGGAAAAGGCCACCCCUCUGAACUGUUCUGAUACUGGUGCCUUCCCAUCCUGAAAGAUGAUUCAUUUUUUUCCUUCCUACAUGCUGCUAGUCUAGCUCCUACUACUUCCUCCUAAAGAUAAAAUGGUUUAAUUUACAUAAAUAUAAAGAUUUAUUGAUUAACACAGAACAUGGUAAGUGUGCCUUGUGUUAUUUUGCUGAAGAUUUUAAUGCUUGUUAUAAUAAAUGACAAUCCUCUCCUUAAAAGUCAUGGGUUUCCCUUGAAAGUCAUUUAGCCCAUUCCUUCAGGCAAGAGGACCAGGGAUGGUACCUAGAGCCCUCUAUAACCUUAUCUUAUUAAGAAUCAAGGAGAAAAGGGAGAAAACAUCUCCCUUUUUCUGUCAGUUAAUUUCAUGGAUAACGGGACACUGAUGUAAUAACUGGAAAAUGACACGUGAUUACUGUUGCCGUGUUCAGUCACAGGGACUAUGCCCUCCCCCUUGCCUUCUUGUGUCACCUCUUUUAUUGCCUUGCAAAUCGAUCAAGUGUUCAGCCAGUCUUCGCUUGUAUUUUAUAAUGAGGUUGUUUUUAUAUGAAAAUGCAUGCUUCCAGAUCUGUGCUGGUCUGUAUGUACACAGUUUGUGGAAUACAAAAGAUAAUCCCAAGCUUGCCGAUAUUAUGUCCAUGGUCAUAUAUGUUCCAAGCCAAGUUUCAAGAGGCUUUGUAUAAAAAAAAAGCCCUUCUGUUUCUUAGGAAGCAACUGCCUAGUGGAAGCCCACCCCAUGACUAAGUGGAUGCUAGACCAAUCUGUGAGACUCAACCUGUGCCAACUGAUUUUGAAGAAUGGAAUUACGAGAUCUCAGAUAAAUGAGCCAAUGUCCAAAUUGAA